UUGCAUACCGUUAGGAGCCACAUGUUACAUCUUUUUCCCCCGAAAAAAGAAAAGCUUGUGUGAGUAAUGGCAUUGCCAACAUUUUACUCUCAGCCACACCCAAAGCCUUUGCCCGUUUCUUUUAACCGACCCACCUCUUCUCCUCUCUCCCUUUCAUUCUUUAAGCAAUUCUUUCCGCCAUUUCCAUGACCUCAAGCUUUUCUCAACCCCAAUUGCGAUUCUCGCCUCCUAACUUCACUAACAAGGUUCUUCAAUUCAAGGGCUCCUCUAUUUUUCACAGAAUUAUCGUAGCUUAGCAAGCUCCAAAUCAAGCUCAUGGCUAUGCCGCCUGAUAGAUCAAACCCACUUCACAACUUCUCCUUGCCGUAUCUCAAAUGGGGUUCUCAGAGAUUCCUCAAGUGUAUGAAGGUUUCUUCUAACUCCAGCCCUUCUACCCUUGAUCAUCCUUCUAUUCAACGCCAAUCGAAAUCCUAUCAAUUCCGGGCCAGACCCAUCAAUUCUAAGCCCGUGAACUUCACCAAGCUUUCUUCUCCGAUGAACCCAAAUCAUUCCAAACAGAAACCAACCAACGAUCGAAGCAGUUCCAUCGAAAUCAUGCGAGAGAAGAUCAUGCUCGAUAUUAGGGAGGAAUCGAAGAGAAUCAAGUUUUCAAUUGCUGAUGAAGGGGGCGAGGAUGAAUCCGCUGCGGCUCGGCCGUGGAAUUUGAGGACUCGCAGAGCAGCAUGUAAGGCUCCUCAAGAAGAGAAGAAUCCGGAAUUGGGUUCAUCUUCAACCAAGGCUAUGAUGAACAAGAAGGAGAAGAAUCGAACUGCGUUAUUUGUCUCGUUGUCGAAAGAAGAGCUUGAAGAGGACUUUGCGGUGCUGGUUGGUAGACUACCGAGGAGACCAAAGAAGAGGCCAAGAGCUGUACAAAAGCAAAUGGAUGCACUUUUUCCUGGGCUGCUACUGACUGAAAUUACUCUAGAUUCAUAUAAAGUUGAUGAUGUUCCUGAAGCUUGAAAGGUUCCAUUGCUUUCUGUGAAUUCCCAUUUGGGAAUUGGAUAUGCAGGUGAGAUCAUGAAAUCAUUUUGCUGUUGUGGUAACAUAUUCUCAGUUUCUGUUACAAUAAUGCCAAAAAACAGGAUGUGUAAAUAAUUAGCAAAAUAAAUGUUGAAGUAAUUGUAAAUUUUGUUUGCCAAGUUUCUUAGUUGUUCUGCUCACUGUAUAACUCUUAACUAUCUGAAAUGCUAUGCAAUGCAAGGCAUAUUUGGUUAUUGGGUAAGGUAAACUUUACCUCUAUUCAAUGGGAGAAAAUUUCUAUUAAGUA